AAGCUUAUAAAUCUUGCGUUCCCGCUAGAUGAGUUACAUGGUUCCAUACUGUACGCGCAGAAGCCGUGAUGUGGGCGCGUUUCUGGUUUGCCGUGCCGGCCAAGAGGCCGCCACGGCCACCGUUUACACCUCCUCCUCCUCCUCCGCCGCCGCCUAAGUACGGCCCUCUUCCUGAGCCAUCAUCCGUCGCGUCGCUGUACGACCUCGCUGGUAAUUUCCUCGACCGCGCCAAGACAGUGCUGGACACCACCGGCGGUCCGGCGGGUCUCGAUGCCAUCUCCUCCACGCCGGGCGCACGCCGCGCCGCGGCAGAGUUGACGGCCCCAGCCUCAGACGCGGCCCCAGCGGGCACAGAGAGUGACUCGUGGACCUUGAGUUCGCGCGCCGUGCACUGGAUCAUCGCGGGGGCCGUGGUGGCCGCGGUGCUUCUGGUUUUGUGCAUGGUGGCCUGCUUCGUCCGGCGGAGAAGGAGACGGCGCCGGCGCCGGCCGGUGGUACUGGUACCACCUCAGCUGCCACUGCCAGCACCGAUGGUUUACCACAAAGAUGGCCCGACAUGGCCAGUACUUCAGCAAGCGCCGUCCGAGCACUACUUCGCGCAGCAGCAGCGCCCCACACCACCCCAGACGAGCGGCGCUUUCUCGGACGCGGGAUCCGAGAACCGCCCGCACUCCGUGGACAUCGUCACCGAGCUGCCGACCGGAGGCUCGCACUCGUACGAGCAGCUCGCCGCCGCGACGGACGGGUUCGCCCCCGGCAACAUCAUCGGGCAGGGCGGCUUCGGGUGCGUGUACAGGGGGAGGCUCGACGGCGCCGAGGUGGCGAUCAAGAAGCUCAAGACGGAGAGCCGGCAGGGAGACCGCGAGUUCCGGGCAGAGGUCGAGAUCAUCAGCCGCGUGCACCACCGGAACCUUGUCACGCUGAUCGGGUACUGUAUCUACUCCGAUGAAAGGUUGCUGGUCUACGAGUUUGUCCCCAAUAGGACACUAGACACUCAUUUGCACGGGCACAAUGGUCCACCGCUUGACUGGCAUCAAAGGUGGAAAAUAGCUGUGGGAUCAGCAAGGGGCCUGGCCUAUCUUCAUGACGACUGUUAUCCUAAAAUCAUACAUCGUGAUGUCAAGGCGUCCAACAUUCUUCUUGAUCAUAAUUUUGAGCCCAAGGUUGCAGAUUUUGGGUUAGCAAAGUAUCAACCAGGAGACCACACUCAUGUUUCCACAAGAAUAAUGGGAACUUUCGGGUACAUAGCUCCAGAGUUCUUAUCUAGUGGAAAACUAACUGACAAAGCUGAUGUUUUCUCUUUUGGCGUCGUUCUCCUGGAGCUGAUUACUGGAAGGCUACCGGUUCAGUCAUCUCAGUCCUACAUGGAUGACACAUUAGUUGGUUGGGCUAGACCCUUGAUUCAGCAGGUUGCAGAUGAUGGCAACCUUCAAACCCUUGUCGAUCCACGACUUGGAACUGAUUUCGAUCCAUCCAUAAUGAUGCGGAUGGUCGAGUGCGCUGCGGCCGCUGUGCGCCAAUCAGCGCUGCAUCGUCCAUCCAUGGUUCAGAUCCUUAAAUACUUGCAAGGGGAAACACGGGCAGAUGAUCUGAGUGGAGUUUUCAAGAUUACAGCAGUAGAGGAGUCUUACAGCUCCAGCAUGGAAUCCGGUGAAUCCGUUGGACCGAGGCCAAGAAGAGCGCAGCGGAGCCAGGAGAACACUGGCAACGACUACAACAGCGAACAGGCUCCGGGCAACAAACCAAACUGGAGCACGGGCAGCGCGUGGUGAAGUGAAGAUAUUCUUUCUUUCUUUUUUUUUUCCGGAUGAAUGAUGAUGUAAAAUUAAGAAGACAAAUGUUCAACUUAGAGGAGUUCAACCUGUUUACACCCCGGCCCCGCUAAAGGUGGCUUCACGAAUUCAUCUAUUCUGGGCUUUUGUCCAACAAUAGAAUGGUGACUGAAAUUUACACAAAAUGAAACUGUAGGGCUGUUUAGUUUCAAAAAAAUUGUAAAAUUUUAUAAGAUUUUCUGUUGCAUUAAA